AUGGUUCAGAAAUCCUCGGGAUUCGUCGGUUUCUUCAAAAACAUAUACUACGAUGAGUAUAAAUGGGCUCUAGUGAAGAGUGCGUCACUGUUCAUCGUCGGCGUGCGGUUUGCUCAGGAAUGUGUCGGCCUGGAAUUAAUGCCAUCGGUGGCCCACUGA